UGCCCCUCCAUCCCGGAUCGACAUCCCAGCUCCAGGUCCAGGUUCCCACUCGACACUGUCGACCGCCAUUGUGGUGCCUGGCUAGAAAGCUGAACCCCGACGCAACUCACGCACCCCAAGACUCUUGAUUGUUUCAUCAUCUUUGCUCGGUGCUUUAGGGAAUUCUAUUCGCAUUGCAUACCAGCGUAUUUGGAGUUCACACAUCAUGUCUGUCACCAUCGAAAAGAUCUUGGCUGCUUCGCCCGCUACGCAGCGUGGCCAGCCGACACAGCUCUCCACAGACAACAAAGGAGAGCGCAUUGCCUACGCUGCCGGCAAAUCCAUCUUCCUCCGGUCCAUCGACAACCCUUCCGUUUGCAAGCAAUACACCGGCCACACAGCGGCAACGAGCGUCGCCCGGUUCUCUCCCAGCGGCUUCUACGUCGCCAGUGGAGAUGUGUCUGGAUCCGUGAGAGUUUGGGACGCCGUUGAGGCCGAGAACACAAAGGGCGAAUACCACAUCAUCUCGGGGCGCAUCAACGACAUUGGCUGGGACGGCGACUCCCAGCGCAUCAUCGCCGUGGGUGACGGCAAGGAGCGCUUCGGUCAUUGCAUCACGGCAGACAGCGGCAACUCUGUCGGAGAGAUCAGCGGCCACUCCAAGGUCGUCAACUCAGUCGCGGUGCGGCAACAGCGUCCGCUGCGGGCAGCGACCGUCUCUGAUGACAGCUCCCUGUGCUUCCUGCACGGCGCGCCUUUCAAGUUCAACUCGAAGAACGCCAACGCCCACAAGGGCUUCGUCUUUGGAACUGCCUUCUCGCCCGAUGGCAGCCAGCUCGUAACGGUCGGUGCCGACAGGCGCAUUCAGCUCUACGACGGUAAGACGGGCGAGCCUACGAAGUCGAUUGGCGAGGGAGAACACACUGGCAGUAUCUUUGCCGUUUCAUGGUCUCAGGAUGGCACCAAGUUUGUCACAGCAAGCGCCGACCAGUCUGUCAAGCUCUGGGAUGUGGAGUCGGGCAAGGCUACACAGACGUGGAAGUUUGGGGACGGCGUCAGCAUCGGCGACCAGCAAGUUGGCGUUGUGUUCCCCCACGGCAGAACCGACGGCCUGAUUAUAAGCUUGAACUUGAACGGCGACUUGAUCUACCUCAAUGAGGGCAGCGACAAGCCUAGCAAGAUUGUUCAGGGCCACAACAAGAGCAUCACGGCAUUGGGCGCGUCGUCUGAUGGCAAGGGGCAGACGCUGUGGAGCGGUAGCUUCGACGGGCGGGUUUGCCAGUGGGAUGUUGCCACUGGCACUGGCUCGGUGGUCGACGGACAAGCGCACACAAAUCAAGUCACCCAGUUCAGCGCCGAGGCGGGACAGACGUACAGUGUUGGGUGGGACGACCACUUGAGGAUAGUUGACGAGUCAGCCAACACGUUCGCGGGCGAGGCCCUCAAGCUUGCUGCGCAGCCCAAGGGUGUGGCGGCCACGGAUGGAAAGGUGUACGUGGCCACCAUUGAGGGUGUCGAUGUCUACCAAAAGGGUCAGCUUCUCUCCGAGAACCGCCUUGGAUUCACUCCUGGCGCUGUGGCUGCCUUCGGUUCGACGGUGGCCGUGGGAUCUGGCAACUCUGUCAAGAUCUACACUGCGGACGGGUCAGGCAAGCUCUCCGAGACAAAGUCGGUCGACAAGUCGACGGCUCUCAUUUCUUGCCUGUCCUUCUCCAAGGACGGCCAGUACCUCGCCGCAGGCAACCAGAUCGGCAAGAUCGUCGCCUACAAGACUGCCGACUGGGAGGUUGCGACGGACCGUUGGUCUGCGCACACGGCGAGGGUUACGUGCAUCAGCUGGAACGAUGCGGCAACGCACGCCGUCUCUGGAGCUCUGGACACCAACGUUUGCGUGUGGAGUCUGGCCAAGCCUGGUAGCCGUGUCAAGGCACUCAACGCUCACAAGGAUGGUGUCAACGGUGUUGCGUGGGUUGAGGGUGGCAGCAAGAUUGCGAGUGCCGGAGGCGAUGCCGCGAUCAAGGUUUGGACCGUCGCUGGGCUGCAAUAGCUGGUCUUGGCCGACAGUUUUGUAGGUGUUUUCAAUAGGCGAUGAAUGAAUAAAUGAAAAGCGGCAUGUUGUUAUCUCGACGACGAUGAACGCCGUUCGACUUUGGGUAUCUCUUGUCUAAGGGGGAAGCUUGUUGCUACAUUGUUCAUGCCAUGCACCCCACUUCGACCGUCCUCUCUCCUACAACCUCAUAGAGUAUUCGUCAUAGUACUCUCCUCAAUCUUUUCCAACCAAGAUUCCUCUGGGAAUGUAAAAGGCUUCCAGUUUUGAUAAGACUCCUAGCCCAUCGUCAUCUGCGCCACCUCCUCCCGCUGAACCUCCUUUCCAGCACCGCCGCCGUCAGAUGUCUCCGGCGCAGCAGCAGCAGGACCAGGUUCAUCAGCGUAGCGGUUCAUAAGCGCGCCGCUGACCUGCCAGACAUCCACGUCCACCGGAGCCGCUCCCGUCGUCGCGACAGGGUGAGGCCGGUACUGCUGCUCAGUCUUAUCGAGCUGCAGGGCCAGCUGCUCCAGAGCCCACGCGAUGUCGCCGAGGCGGCCCCAGAUCCCGUAGCCCUGGCGCUGGAUCUCUUCGGCGAGCUCUACCUGGUGGUUGUCCUUUAGGGUUGGGUUGGGGACCACUACGAGGGGGACGCUGACGCGCAUUCCGUCGAGGAUGGUUCCCGUGCCUGGAAAUAUCUCGAAUCAGCUUACACAUGCACACACAUUUAAAUUCGUAUAGGCGGAUACAUAUACU